UACAUGAAUGGGUGGGUGCGUCUGGGUCGCGUCGGACGUUCGCGACGGAUCUUCUUCGAGCCUCUCUCUUUCUCUCUCUUUCUCUCUCUCUCUUUCCUCCUUCUCCCCUCGUGCCCCCCUCCCUCAUUCCCUUCUUGUCUCCUCCCCUUGUCGAUGGUCCGCCUUUCCUUCGCGACUCCGUAGGAAACGCGCGGAUAAGCAUGGAAAGGCGAACACCCCGUAAACGCUCCGUAAAUGGCAAAAGGAGAACCGUCAUCGAUCAUAAAGCGAUGUCUCUACGUGACGAAUUCCGAUUGGUAUCGGUCAUUCUUAUGACAGAUUUAUUUUACCGUCUUUUCAAACGGAGUAAAGAGAAAGAACGACUUAAACAGAGAUAAGAGAGAAAAAAAAGGAAGGAAAGAAUAAAAGGAACUCGGAACAAGAACGCCAGAAGAAUUUUCAUUAUCGUUGUUGUAUUGUUGUUGUGGUGGUGGUGGUGUGUUUCUCUGUCGUCACGUAUAUAUUUACAUACACGUACAUGUAUACAUAUAUAUUAUAUCUUUGGUGCUGCGGUUACGCGCGGAUAAAGCACGUGCGAAUGCGCGCUCCUCUCUCUCUCUCUCUCUCUCUCUCUCUCUCUUUCUCUCUCUCUUUCUCUGUCUUUAAAGUGUAGUUUAGUCGCUAAGCAGUCUAGACGCAAGGAAUCGUCAUACGAAUUAUAGUCGUGAAGGAACAGAAGAAGAAGAAGAAGAAGAAGAUGAAGGGAACUAGAAAAAAAACAACAAAGUUGACGAAUAUCCUUUCUUCGAGUACGCUUUCAUUCGAUGACCAUGUAGUGGGAGUGGGGUGUGCCGAAUGACAACCCCUCUCCUACACGAUAUUCCCCUCUCUCUUUCUCUCUCUUUUUCUCUGUCUUUCCUUCUCCUUCUCUUUUCCUCUACGUUUACUCUUUCGUUUCGUUACGUACAGAGGUGCUCAUUCGGCGAAAUUCAAGGAACCAUAUAAUAUCGAGGACUAUUUAUUCUCAACUUUUUUAUUACUCUAUAUCGUUAAAGUUUAGUUUGUAAGAUUCGUCAUUCUCUCUCUCUCUAUCUCUUUUUCUCUGUCUUUCUCUUUUUCAGUUUAAUAAUUUGACGAGUGAUAUUAUUCGUAAGAGAGACGUACUUAUAUGUGAAUAGGUUAAUUCGUUUUGACGUCGGAAAGAUAUCUUAUUUUGCAUAUCACGUGGUACAUACGUAUGUACAUACAUAGUACUCACAUACAUAUGUACAUAUACUUACUCUUUUGAAGUUCAAAAGUUCAAAAGUUCGAGGAUCACCAAGGAGCAAUUCAAGCAUAGCUUCGAUGCACGUCGAAAGGUGCAAACCGAUAUAGUUGACGGAACUAUAUGGAGAGUGUAUCGUGUUCCUUUAAGGGGUUUACAGGGUUUAGUAAAUGUUUGCGAAAUCGAGACACUCCCCUCGACGAGGAGAUGGAUUCCUUUCUGCAAAAACGAGUUCAUUCAAAUACUUGCGUACGAAAUAAUGAUUUCUUUCGUUCUAAGUGAAAAAAAAUUAUUUAUCUAUGUAUGUAUGUAUGUAUUUUUUGUUAUUCUAUCAUGUUAAGUCGAGAUUUUAUUUCGUCGAAAUAAGCACAAGAAUUCUCAAAUAUAACGGAAGAAGAGUCAGCCAGUUGACGUUUAAACGCAAAUCACAAAAUAUUGAUAAGCAUUUCUAAUAAUAACUUUCUUUUAAUUGAGUCACGUUUUAGCAUGCAUACUCAUCGACAUAAAUCGCGUUAUUAUAUUAUUCUCGCUCAUUGUCAACCAUCUGUAGUCAAGCGGCGAUUGUAAUUGUCCAUUGUGGUCGUUAUAUAACCAUUUGAAAAUAUAAUAAAUAAGUAAGCGAAUAGUAUAUAAGAAGAAGAAGAAGAAGAAGAAGAAGAAACGUACCGUGUAUUUGGUUGACCGUUAUUUAUUUAUUUUUCUGAAACGAUGACGAAUUUCUUUUCCGUUAGAUAAAUAAACCGAAUGAUUCUGUAUUAUUUAAUUAUCGUACGAUCGAGUAUUGCGUGUCGAGAAUUUGUUUAAUAAUAAAUGAAAUACGUACGUAUCUGAAAACUUUUACAUUACGAAUGAUAGAAACGAGAAGAGUCUAAUAACUAUAGUCAAACAACUUCACGACGAGUUCCUACGCGUAUUAUAAACAUUUUAUAAAAGUGAUAGAGAGAUAGAUAGAGAGAGAGAGAGAGAGAGAGAGAGAGAGAGAGAGAGAGAGAGAGAGAGAGAGAGAGAGAGAGAGAGAGAGAGAGAGAGAGAGAGAGAAAGGAAAAAAAAUCAUAUGUCAACGAUCUACGACGGUGUGUUCAGAUGAGUCAUAUUCCGUAGAAUCGAUAAAGCAAAACGGACUACGACGCGUAACUGUUUUCUUAAGUUGCACGGUAUGUCCAAAAAUGGCGAUACUCCUUGAAUUUUACCGCUGAUCGCGUUUAAGAUUGUGUCGCGCGAUAUUUGCAACGAGAUUGCGAUUAAAAAACACGUAAGUAAGUACGAUUCCGAACGUUCUUUCGUACGAGUUCUCCGACAAGUCCCCUUUGCUUUGAGGAGAUCGCUUUCUUUCUUGGUUAAAUUUGUCGCUGAGCUUCUCGACGACGAAGACGAAGACGAAGACGAAGACGACGAAGAAGACGACGAUGAAGACGACGAUGUCAUGGAGAACCUCGACUCGUUCAAGACGCAUGUCGCAUAAGGAAAAAAACUUUCACGCCAUGUCGUUCAAAAUGGAUUGGAGAUCCUCACGUACCUUGCCGAUCGGAUGGGUCAUGAUUUCAAGCCUUAUAUUUCUACUGUAAUACAGCCAAUGAUAGAUAGGCUAGGUGAUAGCAAAGAUGCGACCAGAGAAAAGGCACAUUUGGUCCUUCUUAAAAUCUUGGAGAAAGGUUGUUUGACACCCCAACAAUUGUUGGACAGAUUUCGUCCCGCUUUCACCCAUAAAAAUGCGAAAUUAAGAGAAGAAGCAUUGGUCUUGUUAACGACAACAUUAAACGAACAUGGCGCAGACGAGAUGGCUCUAUCCGGUGUUAUUCCCAGUAUCGUCAAACUACUCUCGGAUCCGUCCGAAAAAGUUCGGGAAACUGCAUUGAACACGUUAACAGACAUGUACAGGCAUGUUGGCGAAAGAUUGCGCGUCGACUUGCAGAGGAAGCACAAUGUCCCGCAAGCAAAAUUACUAUUGUUGAUCAAAAAGUUCGAUCAAUUGAAAGCAUCCGGCGAUUUGUUACCUCUCGCAAUGUCGUCCGAUGUUGGUAAAGACACAGAUGAACCUGAUAGAGCAAUUAAGUCAGCACCUUUGAAAAGAACUAAUGUACCUCUCAAAAGAGGCCAAUUUGGUCCAGCAAAGGCACCAAGUUCUGCGCUAGCUACGCCUGGUAACAUACAUGCAACGGUCCCACGAGCAGCAACCGUCAGUAGGUCUGUGUCACUAAGAUCAACAUCAGGUCAAGCUGGUGCUGUUGACGAAGAAACAUUUUUAACAUCGUUUGAGGAGGUAUCACCCGUUAAUUUGUUCUCUGCAAAGGAUUUGGAAGAACAAAUGAAAAUUAUAAGAGAUACAGUUGGAGAUGAUAAGAAAGACUGGAAACAAAGAACAGAAAGCAUGAAAAAACUUAGAGCAAUAGUUCUUGCUGGUGGUAUGAACUAUGAGAAUUUUCUGGAUUGUUUGAAAAGUAUACAACGACCGUUUGAAGUAGCAUGUACAGAUCUUAGGUCACAGGUUGUACGAGAAGCUUGCAUUACUUUGGCAUUUCUGAGUCAGCAUUUAAAGACCAAGUUUGCCAGUUUCGGAGAAGCAGUUCUUUUGACUCUAAUGAACCUCAUACAGAAUAGUGCCAAGGUCGUGGCAACAGCGGGGGCCGUAGCUGUUAGAUUUAUCCUUCAAAACACACAUUGCAGCAGAUUCGUCCCGAUUAUUACAUCUUCGCUAAAUAGCAAAAGUAAAGACAUUCGUCGUGCUUCGUGUGAAUAUCUAAACUCAAUUUUACAAACGUGGUCUACUCAAAUGUUGCAAAAACAUGUAACGGUAUUGCAAGAUGCUAUUAAAAAAGGAAUCGCUGAUUCUGAUUCUGAGGCAAGAGCAUUCGCCCGCAAAUCAUAUUGGGCCUUCAAAGAUCACUUUCCGGAACAAGCAGAGGUAUUACUCAACAGUCUUGAUGCAACCUAUAAGCGUUCACUGAUGUCUCUCAGUAACAGUGGAAGUAUCAAUAGUCUAAAUGUAGUAACGCGAUCAACGAGCGUUAGUCCAAGAGCAUCAAGACCUGCGUUGAGUGCCACAGGUAGUACGGAAAACUUGCAUCAGGCACCAGGCCCACCUCACGGUCCGCUCAGACGUACUCCGUCGUUACCUCGUUCAUAUCGUCAGUCUGGCAUCCCAAUUCUACAAAGACCCACAGAUAAUCAUUAUCGAGUCACGCCAGGUGUUAGAUCUACUAGUGCGAUAGAUUUACAAGCUGCACAAAGAGCCAAAGCAAGGAUGACAUAUGCAAAUAUGAGUAGAUACAAAGCUACACUUCAUAAUGAUCAUAGUCAUCAGGGUAAACAAGCAAGACACAGUAAAUCACCUGAUACCGCUGCAGUUGCCAGUCCUGAACGGACAGCUAGGACAAGAACAAGAGUGGCAGGAGUUUCACAAUCGCAACCCAGUAGCAGAUCGGGUUCACCGUCAUCGAGAUUAAGUUAUACAACGUAUAAUCGCGAAGGAGAAUCAUUAAUAGCAAGACCAAGGAAAUUAUCUGGACAUGGUAUUCGAAGUACUGGGAAUAGUCGUGAACCCAGUCCACAGAGAUUUGGAAUGGACAGAAGUUUUGGAUGUAAAAUGCGAGGAAGGAGUUUACAUAUGUCACCAACAGAUAGACCUCAAUCUAGACCAGUUAUGGCACAGAAGAUGUUACAGCAAUCUCGUGAAGCUGAAUCUGCUUUAGCAGAUGCGCUUACCUUUGAUAGCAUUGACAGUUGUUACAAUAGAGCUACAAGAGUCAAAGGCGAACACAGCGACGACAGCGAAACUAGCAGUAUAUGCUCAGAACGCAGCAUGGACAGUUUCAGGCGACCUAGUGAUUCGUUCUCAUGGAGUGGCUCCCAGCAAAGACUGUACCGUGAUAUCUGGGAUCAGUCUAUCCCAAAGGAUAUUAAAGAAAUAAUUGAAAAUUGUGCUCACAAGCAUUGGGGUGACAGGAAGGAAGGUUUAGUCGGUUUACAACACUUUCUUGCAAAUGGAAAUACAUUGACCGCUACCGAAUUGCGCAAAGUUACGGAUAUAUUUACCAAAAUGUUCAUGGAUUCGCAUACUAAAGUAUUCAGCUUAUUUCUGGAUACUUUAAAUGAACUUAUUACGACUCAUAAUGAAGAUCUUAGCGAUUGGCUAUACGUUUUAUGUGCGAGACUUUUAAACAAAUUGGGUACAGAUUUAUUAGGAUCUAUCCAAGCUAAAAUUCAUCGAACGUUAGAUGUUGUAAGAGAAUCCUUUCCCGGUGAACAAUUAUUACCAGCUGUGAUGAGAUAUUUAACCGACCCAACACAAACACCAAAUUCUCGUGUAAAAGUUGCGACCCUUACUUUUAUCACACAAAUAGCAGAGACUGCGGAACCCUCUGCCUUAAACAAUUCUGCUGGAACAGCAUUAGCUAGAUUGCUUGAUUGGACGAGCGAUGUAAAAAGUCAAGAUGUUAGAAGGCAUGCACAGGAGGCAUUUAUAGCGCUUUACAAUUUAAAUCCCCCACAAGUGACAAUGAUAUUAGCGGAAUUACCUAAAUAUUAUCAAGAAGCUGCAUUACCUCUAGUCCAAAAUCAUUUAAGAAGAUCAUCGGGUUCGAGUAAUCCAGCUUCUCCUGGUACACCACCACCAAGAGCACAACACUCUCCUGCACGUAAUAAGAAGAAUGACGUUGAUACGGCUGAUGAAAAUUUGGAAGAAGUUUAUAAAACCUCUUCUUACAGAUCAUUACGACGUACAACGGCAGAGAUUCAAAAUUAUGGAUUUGAGCGUUUAGAAAGAGCUACAACUAGCAAAGAUAGUGGUAUUAGUAAUAUGGCUGAUUUAGAAGAAAGGAUAGAAGGUCUAACGUUGUCUAAUUCGGGAAGAUCUUCUUCUGUAUCAUCACCAACGCAAAGAGGACGAUCGGUCACGAAUAUAACAGUAAAUGGUUCUAGUGAUACAAUUGCCGGAGAUCUUAUAUUACCUCAAGAAAAUAAUGGUUAUAAAACUCAUGGAUCAUCCCCCGACUCAACCAAGAGACCAGAAGUAUUAGAUAAUAUGAUUAAAACGUUACAAUCUAAAUUGACGCAAACUUCAGAAAAGGUAGCAGCUUUGCAGGAGUUUCAGUUAUACGUUAGAGAAGGAGACGCCACAUAUGUCAAACAAAAUUUCAAAAAACUUCUCAAGACAUUAUUAGAUAGGGUAAAUAGCGAUAGUCAACAGUUACAAAUAGAAGUACUUCAGACGUUAAUCGAUAUGCUCAAAUGUCCAGAACUUUUGGAAAGUUUUUCUGUUUUUCCUGAAUUGUUGGUAUUGAAAGUAAUCACUGCCCAUAAGUUUGAUGAUCAGAAAGCCGAUGGUAGUUCCAGCGGAGAGAGCGUUAGAGCGCCGGUAAGGAUGUCAGAGGCACAGGUUCUUCGGACAGCGGAGAAGUGUGCCGCGACAAUUGCCACGGUUCUUAGACCGGAACAAAUUAUUCUCGUUGUAUCAACUAUAAUAACAACCGAACCAUAUCCCUUAAAUAUGGGUGCGAUUAAAAUGCUUCACAAAAUAGUCGAACACUGGGGACGCGAAGCUAUAGAGCCUCAUUUAUCGAAAAUUAUGCCAGGACUUAUUAAGGCAUAUGACGACGUCGAAAGUACGGUUCGUAAAAGUGCAGUUUUUUGUAUGGUAGCAAUACAUGCAGCAGUUGGCGAAGAAGUUUUAAAACCUCAUUUGAGUUCUCUAUAUGCAAGUAAAUUAAAGCUUUUGUAUAUUUACAUACAACGUGCACAGCAAACGAACAGUCAACCGGCAAGUCCACGUAGCAACAGCAAGAAUUAACUAACAACUAAUUCUGCGACAUUAAGAAUCGCAAUACUAAGAAGAUUCGCGCGUCUAAGUGCAAGACACGAACGAAUGUUGGUUAGCUUUCUCAGCAAAUCGAGUCCGUAAACGUUGAGAAAGAAGAAUCGUCGUCGGUACGAGUACGUUGUGCCUCCUGACAGUGAUGUUACACGCGAAGGCGAUUAAUUACUAUAUAUAAUUUCGAAAAUGAAAAAAAAAAGAGAAAAAAGAAUAAGUUUUCUUCAUACGCACCGAUAUACGUUAAUUCGAUCGAACAUCAUCAGGCAAACCGUUAAUAAUUCGUAUUUUUCUUUUUACAAAUAAGAUAUACGACGUCUUUACAUUUCAAUUGGAAUAAUAAGAUUAUUACAAGAAGCGUAGCGAAUUUAAUCGCGAAUAUAUAUGCAUAUUAUAUGUAUGUCGGGUCUUUUGAGGUAGGAAUGAACCUACGCGAUAAAAAUUAAGUGGGCAAACAGUAUGACCUUAUCUUCUUUUUUUUUUAUUUUUUUUCUUGUUUCUGUAUUUAUUUAAAAAAAAAAAAAAAAGGGAAAAGAAAAAGAAAGCACGAUAUUUACUUUUUUGAAAUCUGGAAAGUGGUAAACUGAUUUCGAUGGUAUAUAUCGUUUUAAGCGUGUAUAAAAUAAUUUUUGUAGGACUGUCGUUAUUGUAAUACAGAUUAUUCCGUAAAUUUUGUCGUAUGUUACAGAGAUCUAUAUAGUAAAAUCUGUAUGCAUUACGUUGUACGGAGAAUUUCCGAAAAGAGAAACUCACGGUUUGUAUACUUCUCGUUUUUGGGAGACACUACGAUUAGUUAGUAUCGUCUCUGUGUAAAAUCAUUUAGUUUUAAGUGAUCUUUGUGUUUAUUAUUAUUAUUAUUAUUAUUAUUAUUAUUAUUAUUAUUAUUACUACUAUUAUUAUUACAAUUAUUAUUACUAUUAUUAUUAUUGUUAUUAUUAUUAUUAUUAUUAUUAUUAAUAUUAUUUCUUUUUUCUUUUUUUUUUUUUUUUCAAAUGCGUAAAUGUGAAUAUAGAUAUCAUCUUAUUUUCUCCAUUAAACAGCGGUAUUGCAUAUCUGUCUUUUAUCCGAAUCUUCCAUAAACCUAAAUGCAGGUCAUGUUUAGUUGUAUAUAAACAUAUAUUGAUUAUAUAAGAGACUGAUAUUAAAAAAUCCUACACUACGUUGUUUAAUUUGGUCGUUAUAUAGAACCGGAAAUAAAUUAUACACAAAAGAUCGCGAUAACAGGGUCUGGAGUGUGACAUGACUGUCAAGAGGGAGAUAUUUAGAUUACUCGACUUCCUUUCUAGAAAACGCAUAAAGGUAAUGCAAAUACCAAGAAAAAAGAAUGUGCGUGUGUAUGUGUGUGAGAGAGAGAGAGAGAGAGAGUAAGAGAGAGAGAGAGAGAGAAGAGAGAGAGAGAGAGAGCAAAUAGAUUUUAAUAGGCUUGAGGAUCGUAAAUAAAUAUCUAAAGUGAUAAUAAUGUUUGCACCUCACACAACACAACAAUACGGCAUUAUUUAUGUCGAAGGGAAAGUAAAUAGUUUAUUCGUCUGAAAUCAAUGUGCUAGUCAGAUUUCCAAGGACGCACAAUGAUGCAAGAGAACACAAACGAUGUUUUUGAGUAACAGAAAUGAUGAUACGUAUAAUAACAUGUGAAAUAUUUUGUUGAAGGGAAAGAAUGAGAGAGAGAGAGAGAGAGUGAGUGAAAGUGAAAGUGAAUGAACGAAUUACGUGUAACAAUAACGGAAAACAAAAAAAAAACUGAGAAUAAGACUAUAGAGGUUUUUCGAUAAUCCAAUGUGCUCUAGAGUAAUGUUAAUUAUUAUUAUUAUUAUUAUUAUUUUUAUUACUAUUAUUAUUACUAUUACGAUUAUUAUUAUUAUUAUAAUUAUAAUUAUAAUAAUAAUUAUUAUUAUUAUUAAAAGUCCAUCGCGUUGCCAAUACUUGAAUGAACGCUAAAUCAAAGCUAACAUUAACGAGUUUAGUAAAAUAUCGUGCCAUUGUUGUUUUUCUUUCUUUCUUUCUUUUUUUUUUCUUGUUUUAUUAUAUAAAAAUAAAAUUAUAUACGCGGCGUGCAUAAUGACACAGUAGUGUUAGAGACAGGCGUACACAGACACAGAGAGACAUACAUAGAUAUUAUGCGUAUGCAUUUAUACAAAUGCGUGCGUCAUGUGACAUAAGUCGAUCAUUGUCCUUUUCUUAUUAAUUAUCGUUAGCAAAGACAUGGCGGAGUACCGUCGGGAAUCGUCGAGAUGUUAUUGUUAGAAAUAUUUUUCUUUUUCUUUUUUUUUUUUGUCUCGUUUCUUUCUUCUACCCUCGUCAAUUUUUUAUUUUUACUUUAAUUUACUUUCUUUUAUUUAACUCUUUUUGAAGAUUUUCUCUUUAUUUAUAUAAGAAAGCAUUAUUGCCUUUGCUUCUUCAUAUGUAAGAAUGAUGUAGGAUUAAAAAGUGUGAGAAAAAAAGAUCUGAAAAGAAAUAAUACGAAUGGAGACGGGGAACGUGUCUCUUUUUAUGUAAUAAUAAUAAUAAUAAUGAUACAAGCGUCUAGAAAUAUUUUUUUUCGACUAAUGAAUUUCUAAUAAAUUAUGGUGUUAACACGUAUAUUCAGCAAAAGAGGCAAUUAGCAGAGCCAAAUCGUGCCAAACAUAUCCAGGUGAAAAAGAUUAUGAAAAUAAUCGACGAGUAUUAGAUAAACGAAAGACGUGUAUAACGUUUUAUUCGUACGAAUAGCAUUUUAUUUUUUAAUAUUCGUUAGUUUCUGCUUUUAGAAAUAUAACAUAAAGGAAGCGCUUCGUUGAUGAUAGUUGUCUUUUUUACAUCGCUCGUUUUUUUUUUAUGGUUUCUGUUUUAUUUAUGAUUUCGCGGCUAAUUUGCGAUAGCGAUAAGUCAAGUAUAUACAUACAUACAUGCAUACAUACAUACAUACAUACAUACAUACAUACAUAAAUUAAUUCUUUUAAUCCUGGAAAUAAAAUCAUUCAGAAUCAUACGGUACAUCAUAAUAUGUCAUAGAUCGAAAAAAUUUUAUUAUUAUUAUUAUUAUUAUUAUUAUUAUUAUUAUUAUUAUUAUUAUUUAUUUUCUGCUUUCUUUUUUAUUCUUUUUAUAUGCAAUAAUAUUAAUGUUCAUUGCUGGAGCAAAUUUAGUGUAGGUUUCGUAUCGUGCCUUCACUUUUUUUUUCAUUUAUCUUUAUUUUUGUUCUUUUUUUUUUUUUAAUAUCAGACGAAAAGGCAAAGCAUUAUACCGUUCUUUCAAAUAAUAUUGCAAUAAGGAUCUCGAAAAUUUAUACGUGUAGAGAUCGGUAAUAAUAGAAAUUGUCGUUUUUAGAAGUUCAUGUUCUAAGAGAUUUAAGUUUCUCGACUUAUUUUUUCCUCUCACAUCUUUGAUAUCCGUAGUCUUUAUACUUUAAUUAAUUAAUUAAUUAAUUCAUUCAUUCAUUCAUUCGUGCAAUCAUUCAUUUAUUCAUUCAUCGUCCGAAUUAAAAAAAAAAAAAAAAAGGAAAAAAUUACUUUUAAAUGGACGAGACGACGGUACAUACGGUCGGUAUCGGUUGUGUAUAUAUGUAUACAUAUAGUAUUAAAAUAAUGUACAACCUACAUAUUAUCUAGUAUUUAAGUGAGAAUAAUUAGGAGAAUACAUCGUCACUGCCUCCAGCGUUUGGUCGUGCCGACCGUGAAUUUAUGUUUUUCUUGGCAAGCAGCCCUGAGUUUGCUUUUAAUGUUAUUCUAAUUUUCAAGAGAAACGAAAAACAAAGAAGAAAAAAAAAGAAAAGGAAGAAACAAAGAAUCGAGAGAAUUUCGAAAAACAUUCUUUCGUUCUUUUCUUUCCUUUUCUAUUUUUUUUCUUUCUUUCUUUCUUUUUUUUUUAACUAUAUACACAGGGUGCGUGUUCUGUAAUUAUUCAUAAUUGAUGAUACAAAUAUGAACGUGAUAAUUUUAUGCAAAGGAAUAACUAAAAAAUGUACACUUGUACAUUUUUAUUACAAUUGAUUUUUUUCCUUUUCUUUUUCUUGUUCUUUUUUUCUUGAAUAUCAUUUACAAGACAUUUAGUAAAUCGUUUGUGUUUGUAAAUCGAUUAUUUCUUUAAAAAAAAAAAAAAAAAAAAAAAAAAAAAGGAAAAAAAAAGAGACAAGCUGGACAUGAUUAUUCUAUUCGUUCGAAAUAUGUAACUUGAAUUUUUUUUUUCUUUCUAUUUAUAGGGAACAAUCGUAAUAAUUUUACGAAAUUAACAAAUUAACGAAUCACGAGCGUUUUUAAAUGUUAUGUUUCGAAUUUGUUAAUUAUAUUAAUUUAAUCAGGCAUAAUGAAAUGGGCAAAGCCAAUGCGCGAAUCACAAAGCUAUAAUAAAUGUUGAAAAUGAAAGGGUAAACCUAUCUAACGAUUAUAUAAUAACUAUUUAAGUGCGAUUUUGCUGGAGGUUUUUAAUAAGGAUUAACGUGAGAAUAACGGAUGUACGUUAAUUCCAAAUGGUGAUGUGGCUAUCGAUUCUGUUCUAAUAAUUCUAAUGCUUACAUUACAUUAUUCUUACUCUUACCCGACAAAAAAAAAAAAAAGAAAAAGAAAAGAAAAAAAAAUAACUUAUUUGUAUUGUAAUAAAUGAAUGUUAAUAUUUACACGCUUCUAUAACACGAAUCAGUCCGUUACAAUGCUAGAUUAUUGUAUUCGUAAAGCUACUACGUGCUGUUUGUUGCUUGAAAAAUAUUUAUCGACGACAAUUGGUAUUCCUUUCUAUACGACACUAUUCUAUAUAUAUUAGAUAUGUUCAAUCUCGGAAGAUACAUACAUACAUAAAUACAUGCAUACAUACUUUUUAUUGGCAUAAGAAAGCAAUGAGAGAUAAAUCAAUACGAUCGAUCGAUAGAUUGUUCAAAACGAUAUUGUGCGCGAUCGGCUGUUAAAUCGAUGAUCGAAGUUUGUUUGUUUUUUCGUUAUUGUAAAAUGUAAGGGAGAAAGAGAGGAGAAGAAGAAGAAGAAGAAGAAGAAAAAAAAGUAAACAAAAAAGAAACAAACGAAAAGAAAAGUAAAAGUAUAAGUCGUUAAUCGAUAAUGCGUUAUACAUACAUUAUACGUUGUGCGAAAGUUCGACUCAUCGAGAGAUGAAUGUAACUUUCGAAAAUAAUUUGCAAUUUUGUGAAAGAAAAAUUCGAAUAUGAACAUUCGACAUUUUCUAUUACGGAAUUACCAAUUAUUUACGUUUCGCUUUUAGAAAUAAGUUGAGCAAAAAUACGAUCGCGAAUCUGAGAUCUAAAUAGUUUAAUUAUACGGAGGGAAAAAAAAAAAAAAAAAAAAAAAAAAGAAAAGAAAA